UAAAAUGGGGAUUUCUAAAACCCUAGAAGGUCACUCCCUUUCUCCUUCAUAAGCUUAUCUUCUCUGUAAUUAGCGGCAGAGAAGGGCGAAUAGAGAAAAAUGGUUUCGCUGAAGCUCCAGAAGAGGCUCGCCUCCAGCGUCCUCAAAUGCGGGAGAGGCAAGGUCUGGCUUGAUCCCAAUGAGAUCAACGAAAUCUCCAUGGCGAAUUCUCGCCAAAAUAUACGGAAGCUGGUGAAGGAUGGUUUCAUCAUCAGGAAGCCAACCAAGAUCCACUCCCGUUCUCGAGCACGCCGCAUGAAGGAGGCCAAGAGAAAGGGUCGCCACUCUGGAUAUGGUAAGCGUAAGGGUACCAGGGAGGCAAGAUUGCCAACCAAGAUCCUCUGGAUGAGGAGAAUGCGAGUCCUCAGGAGAUUGCUCCGCAAAUAUAGAGAAUCUAAGAAGAUCGACAAGCAUAUGUAUCAUGAUAUGUACAUGAAGGUGAAGGGUAAUGUAUUUAAGAACAAGCGUGUGCUGAUGGAGAGCAUCCACAAGUCGAAGGCCGAGAAAGCAAGAGAGAAGACAUUGUCCGAUCAAUUUGAGGCCAAGAGGGCUAAGAACAAAGCCAGCAGGGAAAGGAAAUUUGCUAGGAGGGAGGAACGAUUGGCACAGGGACCUGGAGAGAAACAGCCAGCCCAACCAGCUGCUGUGUCUCAAUCAUCUCAGGCGUCGAAGAAAUCAAAGAAGUGAGAAUUUUACUAAAGGAGUUUGGGGCGUUUACUUCUGAUCGUACUUGCAUCCCCAUUAUUCUAGAAUAGUUUUGAGGAGGCUUGCAGCCUUUUUGUUCACAUUUGAACUUUGUUAGUUUAUGUUCAUCAUGUCUUUUUGUCAACCGUGUUCGAUUGAUGGAAUUUAUUUGAGAGAUUAAAUCCCAUAUCGAUUGAUUUAGGGUGAGUUUUGAUUCU